CUGCUUUUCCUAACCCAGAAAAUCAAAUUCCAAUUUCAGCUUGUUUUCCCCUUUUGUUUCGUGAUUUCUUCUCUUUAAAGAAAGGGAUAGGGUCAACCCCAAUAAGGCAAAUGACCCAAAACAGAGAGAAGAAGAUCAUGCAGUUUCUGUAAUCUAUAAAAACUGUGUGAACAUGGUUUUACAGGUUAAAAGGGGAUUGAAGAAUGUAUUAGUAAUUUAGUGAAGUGGGGGAAAAAAGAGAGAAGAUGCACGUUGAUUCAUGAUGACACACACGAGCAAUGGAGUGUUCGUGCGUGGAGUUUAUGCACAGCUCUAUCUUUUUUGCCUUUUGCAAAUAACCUCCAUCUUUCUCAUCUUUUUCCACAUCACCUGCCACUACUUAUAAUACUCUUCCUUUGCUUUAAAUUUAUAUUCCAGCCAAGCCAAGCCAAGACACUGCUGCAAACGUAGUUAUUCUGCCCCCCCCCCCCCCCACGGGCUCUCGUUAGAACUCUUGUUCGGGUGUCUGCUUCGUUUUAAAAUAUAUGAAAGCCUUGUCAUUUAGUCUUUACUUGUUUGGACGGAGGCAUUCAAGUUUGUCUUUUUUGUUAUGGAAAGUUGAACUUCUUACUUCUUCUUUUAUGUUGUUGAAAGAUUUGGUGUUGGACUAGAUGAAUACCAGAGUAGGGACGUCUGUUCAAGCUAAGAAAGUUCCUGGGAAGCAUGAAAAAGAGAAGGCUGAAAUGCAGGGGAGCAAGCCACCUAUUGUUGCAACAAAGGCAAUGAAGAACCCACGAGACUCCAGCAAAGAAAGAAAAAAGGCCUUACAGCAAGAUGUUGAUAAACUUAAGAAGAAGCUUAGACAGGAAGAGAACAUUCACAAAGCUCUGGAGAGAGCUUUUAACCGACCUUUGGGAGCUUUACCUCGUCUUCCUCCAUAUCUCCCUCCUCCUACAUUGGAGCUUUUAGCAGAAGUGGCAGUGCUGGAGGAGGAGAUUGUCCGGCUUGAAGAACAAGUCGUUCACUAUAGACAAGACUUGUAUCAUGAAGCUGUCUAUACAUCUUCGUCAAAAGGGAACAUGGAGAGUUCAGUUGAUUUAAGUGUGCCUUGCCUGGAUAAUAGUCCUAAACGUCCGCAACCAAGAACUUUAACUAGAAAUACAACCAUGGCGAGUCAUAUGCGAUCUCUUUCAGAUGAUGGAAGAGGAAAGGAGAACCUAUCCUGUACUAAUUCCACAAAGAGCAAUAAGGGAUCCUUGGUGGGUAAAAGCCAAUUAGUGAGAACACCUGUGAAGAGACCUUUGAUUGAUUCAAAACCUGCAGAGAAACGUUUUGAUCCUAAAAAAUUGCAGCUAGAAUGUAGAGUGAGAGACCAGGAUAGUGCAGAAGUGCGAAAUCUUAGCACUUCAGAUGAAAGGCCACUGGCAAACAAUGGCGCGAGUAAAGUUUCUGAGGAACUUGUGAAAUGCUUGUCCACCAUAUUCUUAAGAAUGAGCUCAAUGAAGAGAAGGUCUAGUGCAGAAAGUUUUCCUUCACUAUCGAUGUUAGGCUCCCAAGAAAGCAGGGAUGAAACUAAAUUUCGGGAUCCUUAUGGUAUUUGUUCAAUUCUUGGGAGGAGAGAUAUCGGCCCAUAUACGCAUUUGAUUUCAAUUGAUGCUGGCUCGAUCAAUCCAAAUCGAUCCUCAAAUUCUUUAUUUCUGCUGCGCAGGCUGAAGCUACUCCUCUCAAGACUUGCCUCCUUCAACUUGCAAAACCUAAAUCAUCAGGAGAGGCUUGCCUUCUGGAUAAACAUCUACAAUUCCUGCAUGAUGAAUGCAUUCUUAGAACAUGGAGUACCAGAGAGUCCGGAGAAGGUUGUUGAAUUGAUGCGAAAGGCAACUAUAAACAUCGGGGGGCACCCGCUAAAUGCGAUAACGAUUGAACAUUUCAUUCUCAGAUUGCCUUACAACUCAAAAUUUACCGUUUCAAAGGGUUCCAAGAAUGAUGAAAUGACUGCCAGGAGCAUGUUUGGCUUGGAACUAUCCGAACCAUUGGUGACAUUUGCCCUCUCAUGUGGAAGCUGGUCCUCCCCUGCUGUGCGGAUAUAUACUGCUUCUAAUGUUGAGGCCGAAUUGGAAGUCGCAAAGAAAGAGUACUUACGGGCUACUGUUGGGAUUUCAUCAACAAAGUUUGCAAUCCCUAAGCUGUUGGACUGGUACUUGCUUGACUUUGCUAAGGACUUAGAUUCGUUGCUCGAUUGGAUUUGCCUUCAACUACCUAAUGAACUAGGAAAAGAAGCAAUCAAGUAUCUUGAAAGAGCCAAAACGGAGUCUCCUCUACGGUUUGUUCAAAUUAUACCUUAUGACUUCAGCUUUAGGUAUCUUUUAUGCACAUAAUAAAUUAUUGGUUUCAAUUAAAAUUUUGCUUAGUUUCCAAGGGUGUAAUGAUGUCAUACACAAUCUUAGAUUAGAUAAUAUAUAAAAAUUAAGGGGGCAAUCUGUUCUCCCAUCUUUGAUUGUAAGUAGUUGUGAGAGGAAUGCUCGUCAGGGAUUUCUGCAUGUAAUUAGUAAGUACUUUUCAGAAUUAAAAAAAGAAUAAUUGGAUUCUUUCUCC